UCCAAAAUACCCAUCUCCUCAUUUCAUUCUCCCCUCCUUCCAUUCCCUCCUUCACCCACAAAAAUGGAGCCCCAAAACCAUCAAAACCUCCUCCUCCUCUCUCUCCUCCUCCCCAUCUCUCUCAUCGUCUUCCCAUCCGCCACCGCUGUAUCGAUCCCAACUGCAGCUCCCUCCCCGUCCCCAUCCCUAGAACCUUCAACAGUGGAGGCGCCGACUCCUCCCCCAACUCCAUCCCUAGAACCUUCUAUGGUGGAGGCGCCAACUCCAUACCCAUCUCCAUCCCUCGGACCUUCUACGGUGGAGGCACCGACUCCCUCUCCGGUGCCAUCCCAAAACUACAUCUCAUUCCCUCCCUCCUCAAACCCGCCGUCACAACCCGCAUCAGGUCCCGCAUCCUCCAACCACGCACUCGAAAGCAUCUGCAAGUCCACCGACUACCCAGACCUCUGCAUCUCCACAAUCUCCCCGUUCCUCGACGGCCCAACCGACCCAGAAACCGUGGUUGGAAUCGCGAUAAAGGGUGCCACGGAGCACACGAAAAUCGCCGUGUCCCUUGCAGCCAAAUUGGCGUUAGCGCCGUCUCCGUUGGCCUCGGUUUACGGGGAUUGUAAGGACAGUUACGACGACGCGUUGGAGAACUUUGAGAGCGCGAUGAAUGCGCUCGCAGUGGGUGACGUGGGUACGAUGAACAGCAUGUUGAGUGCGGCCAUUACGGAUUUUAGUGACUGUGAUGACGGGCUUUUGGGAAAGAGUUCGUCGCUUUUGGACGUUAAUUCGGCCCUUAGUCAAAUGACAAGUAAUUGCCUCGCCAUUGUUUCAUUGAUCCAUUGAUGAUGAUGAGGAAGAAGAAGAAGAAGUUGGCGAUAAGGCGCUCCAUUUUGCACUGGAUACGUCUGCUUAUAUUUUUGGACCACCAAAAUCAGUAUCUUUUCUUAUUACAUGCACUUCGCUUUUUACUACACCGUGAGGUCCACUUUGUUUGUCCUAUGAUGUCCAAAAAUAUUUGUCCAAUUUGAAAUUGACUCUAUGUAAAUUCCAUUAAUGCCCUUUAUCAUUUAAAA